AUGGAAGAAAACAAGAGAAAGGGCCUCUGUGUCAUGAAACUGAUCUACCACACCUCUGCUGUAGUCUACCACUCCUCUGCUGUAGUCUACCACUCCUCUGCUGUAGUCUACCACUCCUCUGCUGUAGUCUACCACACCUCUGCUGUAGUCUACCACACCUCUGCUGUAGUCUACCACUCCUCUGCUGUAGUCUACCACGCCUCUGCUGUAGUCUACCACACCUCUGCUGUAGUCUACCACACCUCUGCUGUAGUCUACCACGCCUCUGCUGUAGUCUACCACUCCUCUGCUGUAGUCUACCACGCCUCUGCUGUAGUCUACCACGCCUCUGCUGUAGUCUACCACUCCUCUGCUGUAGUCUACCACGCCUCUGCUGUAGUCUACCACGCCUCUGCUGUAGUCUACCACGCCUCUGCUGUAGUCUACCACUCCUCUGCUGUAGUCUACCACUCCUCUGCUGUAGUCUACCACGCCUCUGCUGUAGUCUAA